UCGGCGCCCGUCCGGGUGGACGUGCUGCUGGACGGGGGGCGACCCGAGGUGAGAGCCCGGCCGGCCCCGCUGGGAAUAUGGCGACCGGUGGCUACCGGGCGGCGGGCGGCAGCACCACCGACUUCCUGGAGGAGUGGAAGGCCAAGCGCGAGAAGAUGCGCGCCAAGCAGAACCCCCCGGGAACGGCGGGCGGCAGCGGCGACGCGGGGACCGGCCCGGGGGUCGGGGUCGCCGCCGCCGCAGCCGCCGCCGCCCCCCUCGAGCUUAACAACAACCUCCCCGGCGCCGCCGCACCUGCCGCCCCCGGGGGCGUGAACUGCACCGGGGGCCCCGCGCCGCCCCCGGCCCGCGCUGCAGCCAGCGCCCGGCGGCCGGACGACGAGCCCGCAGCCACCGCCGCCGCCGCCGCAGCCGGGGUGUCCCGGGCAUCCCCCGUCCCGGGCGACGACGAGGAGCGGGACGGCGGCCCCGAGAAGGGCAAGAGCUCGGGCCCCAGCGCCAGGAAGGGCAAGGGGCAGAUCGAGAAGAGGAAGCUGCGGGAGAAGCGCCGCUCCACCGGCGUGGUCAACAUUCCCGCGGCCGAGUGCUUAGAUGAAUAUGAAGAUGAUGAAAUGGGGCAGAAAGAGAGAAAACGAGAAGAUGCAAUUACACAACAGAACACGGUGCAGAAUGAAGCUGUGAGUUUAUUAGAUCCAGGCAGUUCCUAUCUUCUACAGGAGCCAUCUAGAACUGUUUCGGGCAGAUAUAAAAGUACAACCAGUCCUUCUGAAGAAGAAGUCCUGAGUAGACAUCCCCGAACAGAAAGAAGUGGGUUCAGCAGAUACAACAGAGAUGCAAAUUCUUCAAGUAGUUUGGUCUCAAGCAGCUCACUGGAGAAGAAAAUUGAAGAUCUUGAAAGGGAAGUAGUAAGAGAAAGGCAAGAAAAUUUAAGGCUUGUAAGACUAAUGCAAGAUAAAGAAGAAAUGAUUGGAAAACUCAAGGAAGAAAUUGAUUUGUUAAAUAGAGAUCUAGAUGACAUAGAAGAUGAAAAUGAACAGCUAAAGCAAGAGAAUAAAACUCUUUUGAAAGUUGUUGGGCAGCUAACAAGGUAGAAGAUUGAAGACUCGUUACGGAAAUAUAUUUUAAAACUACUGAUUGAAUGUUUAGUUAAUGUUAGGACAAUAUUCCUGUGCUGCAAUACAUUAAACUAAGUAUGUAUAUUUAUUUUUAGAAAACAGUGGAUGUUUAUUUUCAAAAUACUUCUUUCUUUUUCAUUGUUUCAAAAAAGUAUCAACCUUUUAUUCUUGAAUAAGUAACCUCUUUCAGUUAUUAAAAUGAUAGGUUAUGCCUCUUGGUUUUAUGUGGUAUUCAGAUAAUAUAUGGUUUAAAGUCACAACCAUUUGAAUAUAUUUUCUCUAAGGUAGUGAAGUUUCUCCCUAAAGAAAUAUUCAUAGUCUUUGUUUACAUGAGUUCAAAUACUUUUGGAUGUGUCCUGCAAAUGUUUUAUGUUUAUGUAACCUUUUUGUGUUGAUGAUUUACUUAUAAAGGUCGCUGUGUACUGUUAGUUGUUCUUUCAACUUAUUCUAAGCAAUUUAGAGUACUAUAGAGUUACACUGUUUUGUAUAACAGUCAUCUUUAAAAAGAAAAACUAUUAUAAAGACUCACUUAGUAUCAUGUACUAGUUGGCUAAAUAUAAAGUGUAAAAGAAUACUUGAAUUGUGCUUUAAUAAAUUAAAAUGCUAUUUUGUAUUUGAAUAUUAAAGAAAAUUUAAAAUUCAUUUUCUGGAAUGCAAAAUUAUAGAUUCACUAUAAAAUUUCUUUGUAGGUACUACCUUUUUAAAUUAUUAUUUCAAGGUUUAUAAGUGAACAUGGGAUAUAUAAAAAGUUACUCAUCAAACCUGGAGAAAUAUAGUUUCAGUAUAUAAGAAAAAUCCAUGUUUUAAGUUAUUACAUGCAUUGCAGUUAAACAGAAGUGUUUAGACAAAGUACAUAAACAUAAAUAGUUCUGAAAUAUUUUACUUGGUUGGAAUAUCACUGAUACAGGUAUUUCAUAUAAGAAUUAGUUCCCUAAUUCAAAUUUAAGGUAUUUCUUCCUAACACUUGGAUUUUCUUUUUAAAAAGCUAUUUAAAAGGGUUGCACAAAAUUUUCUCUUUUAUUGAUUAUUUGUAUUUAAAGUUGUUUUAUAUCACAUUUCUAGAUUACAUUUCUGUAGUUCAUAAUGAAACUCCCUCUUCAAAACACACAAGGGACUACCCAAUAGUUGACUUUUUAUCCAAUGACAUCAGUAAGUGUAUGUACUAUUUUGGGUACCAGGCUGACUGUCUCAUUUUCAAAACCCAUUGGUUAUUAACUAUUAGGAAAAUAAGGGAGGGUAAAGCAAUCAAAACAUUUAGAAUAAAUGUUGCCUUCUAAAACUUUUAGCAGUUAUGUAGAUUGAGUUCCUUUCUACCCCUUUCUCAUUUUAUGUUUCCACCUUAGCUUAUUUUCACAGCCUCUUGGGUUGCUUAAAAAGAAAUUCCUGACUGUAGCUUCUGUAGAUAGCUUUAUGUGAGACUCUGUACAGAAAUUUUAAAGCUCACUAUCAAACUGUCUGAUGAAUUUGAUCUUCAUCUAAGUUUACAGACAACUGAUAUUACCUCUUUCCGCCUAUCUCCAUUGGAGACCCUGAAUUUAACAUUUUUUUGGAUUUUGCCCCUUUUAGUUUAUUUACUAAUUAAUCUUGUCUCUAGGGACGUUUUCAAGUGUCUGUAUAUAUUUACCCAAAAGUUCAGUCUUUGAUUAGCAAGCUUAUUAAUAACUGCAAUCACUGAAUAAAGACACCUGCUUGGGAGAUUAGCCAGCAUGGGGAUAUUCAGUGGUUUGCUGCCUGCAGACUCGCCAGAGUGGUGUGCCAGGAUCAGACAGCGCCUACUGUGAGGUACUUCUCGCCCUUCACUUACCUUUAUGUAUAUGCAGAAAUAUCAGUAUUGCCUCAUUCCCAACUCACAUUUUGGAUACGAAAAUUCCAUCAGUGCCCAGCCUUGAAAUGUUCAUUAGUAUGCUGCGUUUUUUUUUUCUCAGUGAGAGAAGUAAUUUGAAGUUUCUGUUUAAUCCAUAUAUAAAUAGAAUUCACUUCCUCCUUAAAAACUCUUACCAGUUUUAACUUUUUUAAGAGUGAGCUGUUUUUAAAUUUAUCCAUUACUUUGGUUUACCAAAAACAUUUUCAGUAGUGGUCGUGUACUUACUGGUGCCUUUUACAAAUAAUAGGAGGCUGACAACUCAAGCCGUGCUGCGUCCAGUCCUCAAUACGUGUAUUUCUAUCACAUAUUUUUACACUGAAUUUUGAAAAAUUCGGUAAAUUCUGCGACAGUUACCAGUAAAUUUAUUUUUUAAAUUGAGGUUUUUCAAAGAGUACUUAAAUACGUGUGUGCUACUUAGAAAACUUGGAUGUUGUCAGUGAAGUGUGCUAGUAUUUGUGAAAUGGUUAAUCCAAUUCUUAAAUAUUUUUGUAUUUCCUGAAAUUUGUGGCUUAAUAAAGCAUAU